AUGCCCAUCUUCGCCUCGCCCACCUCGGUGCGCGCUCUGAACGAGUAUUUCUCGCCCGCCCAGGUCGUCGCGAGCGCCGCCCCCCAUGCCAGCCAUCCGAGCUUCUUCCAUCUCGUCCUGCUCGUCUUCGAGGCCGUCCUCGAGGUCAUCUGCGUCAGCUUGCCCGGCUACAUUGCCGCUCGCCAGGGCAUGUUUGACGGCGAGGCCCAGAAGCUGGUCGCCAAUCUCAACGUCAUGCUCUUUACGCCAUGUCUAGUCUUUACCAAGCUGGCCUCCCAGCUCACCGCCGAGAAGCUGACCGACCUCGCCAUCAUCCCGCUCAUUUUCGUCGUCAUGACCUGCGUCUCCUACCUCUGUUCUUCUCUCGUCUCCCGUCUAUUUCGAUUCAAAAAGCGGCAGGCCAAUUUUGUCACCGCAAUGGGGGUGUUUGGGAAUUCCAACUCUCUCCCUAUUUCCCUCGUCAUCUCCCUGUCGCAAACUCUAAAGGGCCUACAUUGGGCUCGCGUGCAAAAUGACAAUGAUGACGAAGUGGCCGCUCGCGGUAUUCUUUAUCUGCUGAUAUUCCAGCAACUUGGCCAGCUGGUCCGCUGGAGUUGGGGCUAUCACGUCUUACUCGCGCCCAAGGAGCGCUAUAUCGAGGAGGGCGACAGGCACUCGAUCCGGAGCGGCCAACAACAUUAUACCGACAACCCCAACCAGACUGAUCCAGACGAGCCUCUGAUCCGGACUAAACCGUCGAUGGAAAACGGCCUGACUUCGACUACAACUUACUCGGCUUACUUUGAGUCCGGCACUCAGACCCCUGUUACCGAUCGCGCCCUCUCUUAUAACAAGCUGCCUGGUCUGGAUGGUUCCCACUCGCGUAGUGCAAGCGAUUUGGACCACGAUGAAGACGACUCUUCCUCUUCCUCGGAUGAAGAUGCUCCAUUGUCUAUUAUCGGACCGCCACCGACAGGCCCAUUCCUUCCUCGACAAAGCUCUGCUGGCAACAUCCUGACUUUUCCCGAUGUCGAGGUUCGUCGACCAGAUGGAGCCGCUGCGUCUGGAAUCAAGGGAGUCUGGUACAGAUACAAACGAUCUGCGGGCAAAUCCUAUGCCCGUCUGACCAAGGGUGCCGACAACAAAAAGAACAGGGUCUAUGAAUUGCUUCCACCGUCGGUGCAAAAGGGUCUCACUCUGUCGAGCUCCUGGACAGGACGAUUCGUUCGGGGGCUGUGGGACUUCAUGAACCCGCCCUUGUGGGCAAUGCUCGCCGCAAUCUUCGUAGCCUCCAUCCCCGCCCUGCAACGCCUCUUCUUCGACGACGGCACCUUUGUACGCAAUUCCAUCACUCGCGCCAUCGACCAAAACGGGCAGGUCGCCGUGCCUCUAAUCCUCGUCGUCCUCGGUGCCAACCUCGCACGCAACACUUUACCGGAAGAAGCGCUAGAUGAGGAAUACGAUGCCAAAGAGGAACGGAACCUCAUCAUCGCCUCGCUGAUUGCCCGCAUGCUGCUGCCCACUUUGGUCAUGGCGCCCUUUCUGGCUCUUUUGGCCAAAUACGCUCCGAUUAGUAUCCUCGACGACCCGAUUUUUAUUAUUGUCUGCUUCUUGCUCACGGGCGCGCCGUCGGCUCUGCAGCUGGCGCAGAUCUGCCAGAUCAAUAAUGUGUAUAUGGGUGCCAUGUCAAAACUGCUUUUCCAAAGCUACGUCGUUUGGAUCCUGCCAUCAACGCUGAUUCUGGUCAUGUGCGCCCUCGAAGUCGUCGAAUGGGCCACUGCCACCACCUAA